AUGGAACACUCCGACCACCGCCUCAAAAAUAUCAUGCGCGAACACGAGUUUAAGAACGACUUCUGUUAUGAACAAGCUAUCCUCAUUUUUUUAGUUAAUCAGUUUGGAGCAGUCACUUUAGAAAAGCCAGGCAAACAAUCAAUAUUAACUACUACAAUGCCAAAAGUUAUUAAUUUGGACUUGGAUGGAGAAAACAUCGACUUGAAACGACUCUCUGAACGACAAAGUUCGUUACUCUUUGGUGGUAAAGAAAAGAAUGGUAUCAAAGCAAAAACACUCUCAAGACGAUUCUCAAAAAACAAAACCAUUUUUAUUCAAAAUUUCCUCUUCGAUGUUUUACUCGAAAAAGGGUAUUUUUUUAACACUAAAUUGUCGAAAAAAAGUAACAAGACCAUUCAACUCGAAAGAAUCAAAACAGUCUUUUUAAGAGGAAAACUCAUAUUUAACAAGAACGAAAUCAUUGAACUCGGUAAAAAGAUUAAUGACGCACUUUCAAAUCUCGUCGAUACAAAAGGAAAAAUUACUCUUGAAAAGGAAGAACCAAUUUUAAUGGAAAUCUUCUCUUCUUCAGUAUCAGCGUCUUUGUGA